AUGGCUUUGUUGCAAGAGACAGAAAGAUCUAAUAUUGAUGAAAGUGUUGUUAGGUCUCUGUGGCCUUUGGAUUCAAUGGAGUACAUAGAAGUGGGUGCGGAGGGAAGUGCAGGUGGUAUUCUGUGUAUCUGGAAUCCUAUGAUCUUCUUACUACAUGAGUGCUGUUGUUCCAGAAAUUUCAUCAUUUUGGCAGGUAUUAUGCAUUCUUCUAUUAAUUGUGUAAUUGGAAACAUAUAUGCACCUAAUGAAGAGUUGAAUAGGAGGAGGUUAUGGGGUAUUUUAUCCAAUCUGAAGUCGAUCUUUCCUAAUCCGUGGUGCUUAGGGGGAGAUUUCAAUGAAGUAAAAAAUAUUAGUGAAAGAAAAGGGUGUAUUAGAACGGAUAAAGGAAUGGGUGAGUUUGGCAACUUUAUUAGCAAUCUUGAAUUGAUAGAUAUUCCAAUGUUAGGUAGGAAAUAUACUUGGGAUAAUUCUCAAAGUUGGAGCAGAAUUGAUAGGUUUUUGGUUAACCCAGAGUGGCUGGAAUGGUAUAGAUACAAAGUUUGGGGGUUACCAAGACUUUUUUCAGAUCAAAGCCCCAUUUUGCUGAUGGAAGAUGAUAGGAAUUGGGGCCAGAAGCCAUUCAAGUUUAUCAACACCUGGGUUCUUCACCCUAAGUUCCUUGGUGAUGCAAAAAAAGUUUGGGACUCAACUAAUGUUCACAAUUGGGCUUGUUAUAUAAUUAUGGAAAAGCUGAGAGCUCUAAAAGUAGCUCUUAAAAAAUGGAAUAUGGAAGUGUUUGGUGAUGUAGAAUCAAAAUUGAAAGAAGCUAAAUGUGAGUUACAUUCUAUGGAUUUACAAUUUGAAGUGAAAGAGUUGACUGAGGAGGAAGAGGGUCGAAGAAAGGAAGUCAGGGGUUUGAUAUGGAAGUUUAGCAAAAGAAAUGAGUGGAUGUGGAUACAAAAAUCGAGUUGGAUUGGGCUUUGA